GCGCCAUCUGGAAAGGCGAAAAGAGGAGAGUUUUAGUUGUGAAACUGAAAGAUUCUACAGGUCAUGGCCAGCAACAAGGAUAUACUAUUGUCAGAGCUUGAGCAGGUGAAACAGAAAGCUCCCCACAUAGAGGGCGUGACCUUAGAGGCCUGUCUUCCAGAGAUAGUCAGAGUUCACAUCUAUGUGGAUGACAUGAGACAGAUGACAGCAGUGAUGCAGUUCCUGGAAACCUACCCCACAGAACCUAUAGUGGUGGAACUAAAGAGCAAGACUCUGACCGAAAAACUACUGGACGGGGUCGUCAAGAUCUGUGAUGCUGAGGCGCGCAAAUAUAUAGGUCAAAAACAGAUUAUCCUGAUGAUAAACUUUUUAAAGCAGUUCUUAAUAGACAAUCCUUUGUGUAUCGUUAAUGAUGAGGUGGGGAAAGUGAAGAAAGAACUGCUAUCGGAUGAAGACAGAUGUAAACUGAUGCAGUCUACUUCACAGAUAGUGUUAAAGAUUAAGGAAGAGGAGUACUAUAUGAGCUAUAAAAUCUCAGUCCCCCCUGACUAUCCUGCCAAACAAGUCCAAAUAGAAAUGUCUGAGAACAACUUUCCUGAUAUACUUAAGACUAACUUUGUUGGACAGGCAGUAGAAAUAGCCAGACAGUGUGUACAACCUCCCCUAAAGAAGAAACCAAAAGACCCUCCCUUUGAACCUAAACCCUCACUGUAUCCUGUUUGUGAACAUCUGAUACAACAGUGUGUCAAAAGAUACGCAAAAGAAAACUGUCCAUUGUGUAAUGAUAGAAUUCUGCCUCGAAAUCCAGAGGAAUUAGGAAGAUUAGACAAAAAGAAGAGGAUAGAAAGAGUGUAUUGUGGACAUUUAUUUCAUUAUUUCUGUUUAUAUAAAUUCAUGAAGACACCUCCUUUUGCAGCUGGAAAAUUUUGUCCAUCCUGUGGUAAACAGAUUUUCCAUGAGAAGUUCAAAGUUUCAGCGGAACUGGCUGAGGCACGUUGGGCACACAAGCAAGCAAGGCAGCGGGAAUUAGCAGAAGUAGUGGACUUCUUAGAAUGAAAUUUAUAGACUUUAGGCAAUAUUUAAAGAAUUAAUUGUGAUAUUUUUUUUAAUUAGGUCAAUGUGUACAUUUAAAUGGUUUAUAUGUAUAGUGAGCUUGUAUUUAAAAUGCAAGUUUAGUAUAUUUUAAGUAAUGCAUUUAUAGUUUUCAAAGCAGUGAAAGUGGUUAUUGAAUGGUUCUUUUUCAUGAUUCCUUUAAAAUAUUUUUGCUACUAGAAAGAAAUGAGAAAUUAUUUUGUCUGUUAUACAUAAAAAAAGGAUCUGGCUUCAUAUUUCUGGAUAUACUUUCUAAAUAUUAUAUUAAAACUUUAUUUUUUUUUUCAAAAAAAAAAACAUAAAACCUAUAAAUUUUAGAAAGAAGGUUUAAAAAUAAUACUCAAGCAUUCUUCAUGAUUUCUCAAUAUAUAUUUUUUUUGUCAUGAAGCUUAUUUACAUGUAUACAUUUGAUACAUGUAUAAGUUACAAACAUUUUCGAGUAGAAUAGGAACUAUUAAUACAUUUUUGUCAUAUGACUUGUACAUUAACACUAUUUGCUCAAUCUACUGGUGCAUAAAUAAUAAAGAUAACCAAAACUAAAAGGUAAAUUUUGACAGCUUUGUACUCAUAUGUCAUAUUUGGGGUGUUCUAUCAGUGUCAUUGUGUGAUAUUGUGCUCAUCAGUUAAAAGUCUCAUACAUGAACAUACAUGUAGUUGACUGAUAAUUCAACACUGGAAAGCAAGGGAACCUUGUUACAUUUUCAAAUUUUUUUUGUGAAAAAAGCAAUUCUAAAAACUGUUAUGGAAUGGUUUGGGGAUUCAUGUUUUCUUAUUUCAAUAGUAUUGGGUUUUUUUCUCCCGUAAAGGUUCCUUUGUAAUACAUGUAUAUUAGUGUUCAUGCUUUAACAAAGAACCACCACUAUAGAAAAAGAUUUUUUUUUUCAAUGUCUCAGAUGAAUAUGGCACAGUCACACAAGGAAUGAAUUUGUAUACAGUAAAGAAGUUAUUUUAGAUAAACAUGUAUCACUUAUUUUUCCUCACCUUACCUUAAAACCAUACAAGACCCCAAAGACAAUUUAAGAAAAUUAAAUGAAUUGGAAAUUAGAAAUCAAAUUAUAGUACUGUUGAUUGUUGCUGUUUAUAAUUUAUUGUCAUAGUUUAGAGCUGUUUAGAACAGAUUGUCAAUUGGUCCUGGUAUUACAAUUUUGAAAUUACAAUGAACAUGUACAGGGUUUCAGAAUCUCAGUCUUGGUUUACUGAUAUGCCUAUAAUGUUAUUUAUAAAGUAAGUUAAAUAAUUAUAAUGAUUACAUGGUUAAAAUGGAUUCAACUAGGAUAUCCUUUUGUCAGUAUCCUAUGACAUUAUAAGAUGUUGAAAAUACAUGUCCCAAGAUAAUGAAAUUUCCAUCUAGUUUAAUUUAAAUUUAGAUGAAUCUCAAUCAUGUCGUCAGUAUUUGUAAUAAUUAGUCUCUAAAAUGAUUAUUUGCUGUGUAUAUCUUGUAAUUUCAUGAAGGAAAGUGUUUUACAAAAGUCACAAGAUGUAUUGAGAUUUGUCGUCGAUCAUGUUUCACUUGCUUUUAGAUUUUAGUGUUUUUAGCUCUAAAGAGUAAAAAUUGUGGUUUAUGUGUUACAUGUAAUGGCGAGAGAGAGAAGAGAGAGAGGUUAUAUUGAAUAACAAGAAUUGAUCUGUUCUGACAGUAAUUGUACAAGUGGAAUGGACCUAUGUUUCAUUACAUGAUUUAUUUAUAUAUUUGUAUGUGAAAUAUGCUCUGUUUGAUAUGAUAUUCAAAUCUCAAGAUAUCAUUCAAUAUUAUUUCAACUAUGUUACUGUUUUGAACAAGGUAGUAAUUAUUUGUACUUUUUUGUGGUACGAAUAUACAGCAUUAUCUUCUAAUAUUGUUGUUAUCAUUAUAAAAAAAAAAUUACCAUCAUGUUAAAAUAAGUUUUGUUAAGGGUACAGUGUUUAACUACAUCUAAGUAAUUCUAACAGGAAAAUAAAGCAGUAUUUCUUUGUA